ACCCGAAAACGAAUUCGUAAUAAAGUUGGUUCGCUUUUUUCGCUUUACGUUGGUAGCCAUAUCUGUCAUUCCUGUCAUUGUCAUUUGCAAAUGACAAAAUUAAGUACAAAAUAACAAUGUCUGCAACAACACCUGAAAAAAAGAAGAGACUUCUAAUUAUCUACGACGACCGAAUCUACGAUGAGCCCCCACAAUCCCCAAUAAGCGAAACCCUCACCUUGAAGCAAAUAUCAGAUCUCAAACAGCACGAAACCAAAACAGUAUUGCUUCGUAUACCAGAAGAAAAACUCACAGACUGUGUCCUAAAGCGAGUUUUCUCAACAAGCAAACUCGGAGGUAAAGUCGUUGCCACUUGUAUCGAAAAAGGUGUGGAUGAUGUUGUAUUUAAUCUAAAAGUGGCGGGUUUUGUUAAUGUGGAAGUGAAGACAACAAACUCGGGCACAAAUGUGUUUGGUUUUAAACCAACAUACGAGAUUGGAAUUUGCACUAGACUACGGAAACGCAAACAUAGAGACUGGAUAAAUCUUGCGAACCAAGAGCUUGAUGAAGUAUCUGAUCCAGAUGAUUUGCUUGAUGAGAAAGAUUUUAAGAAGCCUGAAUCAGCGGCACUGCAGUGUGGUACCACUGAAAAGCCUAAAGCUUUGAAGAGGUACAUUUGUGGGCCUGCUGAAGAGGUGACAAAGGAAGUGCAGAAAUUACCCCGUGGGAUGAGGUCAUCAUGUGGAAAUUGUUUUCUGGCGGAUGCAUUUUAUCGCGCUGGUUGUCGUCAGAGGGGGUUGCCAGGUAAUAAGCCUGGCAAAAAUAUUCCGGUGAUUGGUUUUCAACUAUAGAAGACAUUUAGAUAAGUCGGGUAUAGUAGUUCUGGUGAGAGAUUGGGAUUUCUUACCAGUUGACAUGUAAGUUGGCAGCAACCUAACACUAUAAAAUCCACUGAAAUUCCUACUCUCUCACUCACAGCUGGCUGUCACUGUCUCUGUUACAAACGUAAAACUACUGAAAGUUCCAUUGCUAAGGUUAGGCCACUUUUCUGACUCUCACCUACAGUGCUUCUUUAAGGUACGCGUCCACUUGAGAGGGCGCUUGCCAGAAAUAAUUCCAAGAUCAGCCCAUAAAGCCAUGGUCGGGCCUGCGCUUUUACCUGGUUUCUCCGAGUUUGUGAGCGACUCUGACAAUACGAACGCGUUUCGUUGUGCGCCAAUGGUCUCCGAUAAGUCUGUUUUACGUAUAUUUUUUUUGUAGUAACUCAAUUAAUUGCAAUAAUUGACCUCUGAAAUUUAAAAUGACAACUUAAGACUAAAGAUGGCAUAAAAUCAAAACCAGAACUCUCGUGAGAGUUGCUCUCCAGAGGACACCGUAAAGAUUAAUGUUCCAGGAAAUAUUUGAAACAAUUUUCAGUAGAAGACAGAGGUAUAAUGAUAGUAGUCAUCGUUUUUUGUUAUUAAGAGACAGUUUUGUAACAAAAAAAAACAUCAACUCGAAGCCAGGAAUUCAUUUUCCUAUCGUAAAAUUAUGGCUCCUAAACGAAACUCUCCACAAAAAUUCCCGAGUAUUGUAAAACUUAUGUUUUGUAGCGUUUAAGAUUAGAGUGAUUUUGGGGUUUCAAAUUUCGCGCGGAUGGUACACUUUUCUUCGCGUAGAUUUAGUGACUUUUCUGUCACGCAAUCGCUCACCGUACGCAGUAUACUGGUUUGCUUUGUGUAUUUUGUAUAUUAAAUUUGUAUUCACGUGGCGUUGGUGUUUUUGUAAAAAAAUUUGGUUGGCAAUUCUGAGUUGUUGGCAGCAAUGUUAGUUCACAGGUGUGUCAACUUUGACAGAUGGAUCAUAACCAAUGAAAAGCUGUCCAAAACUUGAAUUGUUGCCAACCCGACAAAAAAAUCACAUUAAUAGUCACGCGGUAGUCAAAAUUUUGGCUUAUUCUUGAAAAAUCCGGUUAUAAUAUGUUUUGGCAACAGCAGAAAUAAAAGUACACCCAUGAAGGCAAUAUUUAAUUGAUUCACAUCUCCCUUAAACUAUAUAAAUAUUCUAUCCAUAAUAAAAGCAUCAAAUAAAUUAAUCAAUGUAAAAUAUCACGAGAAACAUAAGACCAGUUGAGGAUCUUCCUAAACCUCAUCAAGUUUGAGGAACGAAUGAAUAAACCAAUUUUGCUUAAUAUUCUAUAGCUCAUGUUGAUGUACGUCCAGGAUCCAUAUUACGCCCGGUGUUGUUUUUGAUUUACAUCAAUGACUUACCGUACCUGAUUCUUUAUAUAAAAAGCAGUCUGGUAAAAUUUAAAAAAAACUUUGUUUGAACAAUGGCAUUGAAUAUCAAAACAAAAAAUUGUUUUGAGUUCUUUUAAGCAAGUCGUUACGUUAUCGGAAUAAAGUUGUAUUAAAAAACGGAUAAACAACCCGGAGGUAAUUCCACAUUUCCCGACAUUUUACCUCACAGAAUAAUUCCACCUUCUGAUAGUAGAUAAUAAGUCAACUCUCACUAAAACAACGAAUUCAAGCAGCGGCCAACUGGAACGUGACAAGGAAGAGCUCUCAGUCUCCCAUUAUUCACGCUUUUUUGCAGCCGAUCACCACGUCAGAACAACUCUCAUCAGUCAUCUCGUGCGCCGCAACUGACAUUCAACUGAAUUUCAAAUUAAAUCACAAAAUAGUGUGCAAAUGUGUGUAAACUAUGUGCCUAACAUAUAUGUUGGAAGAUAUAAAAUACAAGAAAAAUCCUGUAUAGUUUGCUCUGUGCACAACACGUGGACUCAUGACAAAGACUAGUAGAAGAAAUUUUGUAUCAUAUAUCGUGCAAUUUUCAUACCUAUCGAGAUUACGUUCGACUGUACCUCUUCGUUCUGUUGAAUUUUUGAUGUUGUAAUCAUCUUUUUUGUACAUUUUAGGUGAGAUGUAAUUCGACUACGUAUAUGUUGUAAGACUCUAGGGCAUGUUCAUUUAGAGUUUUUGAAAAUGUUCAUAUCAUUUUUCUGUAAUCGUAACCAUUGCAGCUACAUUUUAUGAGCAGCCAUCCUGAGAAAAUUUUUACUUAAUUUUUUUUGUCCACAUCUUUGAAUCUCAUUAUUUUAGGAUCUCCUCUUUAUGAGUUUUUAUAUCUAUUUACAACCAUAUGUUACAUCUAUUUUUUAUGUAUUUCAAUGUGUGAUACUCAAUAGAUUUCUAAAAAUGUAUCUACGUACAUACAUUAGGUUAUAAACGUUGUUUAUAUUCAUUAUUUGCGACAAGUUGUUUAUAUUUUGUAAUAAAUCAUGACCGUUGUAGCACAGGAAUGAAUGAAAUGAGAUUUUGAUGAAAAUAAAGUUCUAGAUUUUA